CCUGUAUUCCAUUCAGUCUAUUGUUGUGCUUCUGGUAUUCAGGACAUUCCAGGAAAAUGCUGAAGUGUUCACAGCUUAAACUUUCUGAAAGGAGGUCGGUCCCAAAACUGAUUCAUAGUAACACGGUUGGUGAUUCUAUAGUUGUACGGCCUUGUACUCAGCGAAAUAUUACUGAAGUUCCACAAAAGCUAUCACACAUUCAAAAUGUCACAGAAAAAAGGCUACCACCAGAACUGAGAGUUAUUUCAUUAAACUUGGAAGACCAACCGAACACCAACAAUGAUAAGAAGAUAACAAGAACUCCCUAUAGAAUGCCUUUAUUUUGUACUCAUUUCAAAAGUCUUAAAAAAAAUUACCAACGCGAUAAGAAGAAUAUAGAUGAAAAUUUCAUAGUCCGUGGUUUUGAAGUAGGAAGUGCAGCUACACACCUAACCUCAUCAAAUGUUGAAAGCAAUACCGACGAUUAUGAUCCGGAUGAAGAUGAUCUUAAUUUCUUACGAAAUGGAAUACAAAUCCAACUGACCGAUUGUUGUCAGUGUGUUUGUGAUUUGUUCAAUAGCAGUUUUCCAAUAUCACAUGAUAGUCAUGAAAUGAGUUAUGUCACGAUUGAAACUUGUAAUUCAUUGAGACCGUUUAGACAAAAGGAUUUAGUAUCUCCAACACCAAGAAUUGAAACACAACCAAAUAAUUUACUUGAUCCUGAUAUUUUGAAAGUUAUACGUGUAACAAUGAAUAAUAAAAAUUUAACAGAUUGUAAAUAAAAAAUUGAGAGUGUAA